UGCCAUCAUGACUAUGUACGAGGCAUCAGCUUCAUGUCCCGUGGUCAUCGACUGUGGGUCCAGCCAGACCCGGGCGGGCAUGGCGGUCACUGGACGUCACAUUAGGCCGGCAGUAGAGAUACCAAGUGUAGUUGGUCGACGACGUACCAACGUCCCCCCUAGGAACUGCUGGUCCCAAGUUGAUGGCCUCUUGGACUCUGGUCAUCCACCCUCUUUUGGGUCUGAUGCUGUUACUCUCGUUCUAAGAGGAGAGCCGGUCCGGCUCACCUAUCCUGUCAAUGAAGGUGUUUACUCCGACAUGGAGAGUGUUGGGAGUCUAUUGGAGUAUGUCUACCAGGAGUGCCUCAAAGUUGAUCCUAGAGAGCAUCCAUUACUUCUGACUGAGCCAGUCUACAAUCCGGCAUCGACUCGAGAGAGGGCAACUGAGAUGCUCUUCGAGGAGUUGGGGAUACCGAGUCUGAAUAUCUCAGUGAAGGAAGUGGCGGCCCUCGUCGGGACGGGCUGGCAAGAUGGUAUUGUAGUCGACGCUGGUGAGGCCAUGACCAGCGUCGUACCUAUUUCUCACGGAUGCGUCGUUACUAGUGGCAUUCGUAAGCUCUACCUAGGGGGAGCAGACCUAGACGUCCAGCUGGCUGAGCGCCUCGCCAAACGUGCUGACCAUAUCCGACUAACGUCGACAAAGGACCGUCUCACAUUGAGACAGUUGAAGGAGAGUAUCUGUUAUUGCCGACCUGGCUGGCAUGAUACGGAUGACGACUUCGACGAGAAUGGCUACUGUGCUGGUGGGGAGGACUCCCACAUUACUCUGCCAGAUGGCACCACCGUCGACAUGGCGGACGAUAAGUGGAAGGUUCCUGAGUCGCUCUUCCACCCACAUCUGUUGGGUAUAGAAGGGAGCGGUAUAGGGGAUAUGGUGGUCGAGUCUAUCGAGGACUGUCCUAUUGAUGACAAGUUGAAGCUUUACAAGAAGAUUAUGCUCGCCGGUGAGCACUUCUAG